AUGCCUCCUUUAUCAACAUUUCUGAAAUAUUUGUUGAUUGCAUUCCUUGCUUCGACUUAUAAGACUCUUCCCUUUGCUUAUCUUAUUAGGUUUUACUCCACAGUUAUCAAGAAUAUAGUGAUUCCAAAAAUUCGUUAUCAUAGGAAUGGUAAGUUCAAUACCUUCGGAUACUCUGUGAAGAAACCCACCAACAAUUCUGAUGAUGACAAGUUGGCAAUAUUCGAACCACAAACCUUCAAAACAUAUGUCUCACCGAUGGAGGUGGAUAUGUACCUUCACAAAUCAAACUCGACAUACUUUUUAGAUUUGGAUAUUGCCAGGACUGACUUAUUGACAAAGGUUUUCCAGAAGAUAUUUUAUCGCUAUAUGGAUAAUGAAAGUGGCCUUUUUAAAAGGAAGUCUUUGCUCAACGUACCUUAUAUUCCUGUCGGAAGCGUAGAGACUCACUUCAAACAUGAAUUGAAACCAUUUCAAUCGUUUGAAAUUCAUAGUAAAGUGAUUGCUUGGGAUAAGAAGUGGAUCUUCAUAUUGUCAAAAUUUGUUAGCCCAAAGAAUACAGGAGAUAAGAUCUAUGGCAUAACAUUAACUAAAUAUGUCUUCAAAAGAGGUAGAAUUACUAUUGAACCUGAAGCCAUGAUUAGAGAAGUGGGACUUUGGUCGGAUGAAAUAGACGUAAUAUGCAAACGAAAUCUUUCCAUGGUGGAACAUAUGACAUCGCUAGAGCAAUUAGAACUUGAAGCUAGCAAAUACUAA